UUAAACAACGGAGCGGCUCCUCUCCGGUUUUCCCCCCUCCAGCCUCCUCCGUCUCCAGGAGACACCGGGCGGCUGCUGCCUCCGCAUCCAGCCGGGGAGACGCCACCACCGGGCAGCAGCCCCCCACAGCCCCGUCCCGGUGCCCCCGGAGCCCGUCGGUCGGUGUCAGAGCCCCGAAGCCCCGCCGUUAGCCGCUGCUCCCCAACAUGGCUGAUCCGCUCCGCCACACCGAUCCCUCGUUCACCUCCCGGGGCAGGACGGCCUGGUCGGUCCGCUACUAUCACCUUUUACCGGGUUCCGCUGCCCGGUCUCCGGUUACCGGGAACAAGGGCAGGUGUCAGGAGCCCCGCCGUUGCCCCUCCUCCCCCUCCCCAACAUGGCUGCCCGGUAACCCGACCUCAGAGGACCUCCGCUCCGCUCCACGGGUCAGCUAGCAUCGUAGCCGGACGGCUAGCGCCCACCGCCGGACCGACCUCCCUCCCCGCCCCGGUCCCCUCCGUGACUUACCGGUACCGGGGAGGGCAGGUGGCGGCUGCUGGUGGUGCAGUCCGGGGCAGAGCCUAUAUAUAGACCGCGGAUCUCUCCGGUGCCUCU